AGAGAAAGCAUUCUGCCAGCCCAGCGCCUACAAAUCGCAGUCACUUCCCAACCUCCCCCUUUUUAACAUAUUUGAUCACUUUGAUUCUCUGUUCGCUCUCUUAUUAUUUUUACGCGCAUGAAGGAGGUUCUAUAGGUUGUGAUCUUUUUUGUUUUAUUAUCGGUCCUGCUUGCCGGAGAGUUGACUUCAUAUUUGACUCGAGUACAGGCUACAACCGCGCAGCUGCUAACGCUACCUCAUCUGAAGAAAAGGAAGAAGCGACAAUAUUUUGUAUUUUUGUUUUUUGUAUUUUUUUGCCAGUUGUUGGUUUUCUUCAAGACAUAACGCUGGAACUUCUUGCGCGUCGCAAGUAGGCUAUCUUAAAAGGCUGAGUGUUUCUGUGCGUCCGAACAUCGCCACACUCGUCAAGUCAUCUGUCCUCUGUUCAUAUCUUCUUCCGCUGUGUUUAUUUUCCAUUUUUCCUUGAUGGGUUUACUUGAUGGAUGACUGCAAGUGCCCCUGGACUUGGCCUCUUACAGCAAGGCUACUAUUCGGCUUGCUUCAGUUUUAGCCACAUGCCAGGUAACGCUAUUUCAGUCAAGAAAUAGGCUACUGUUUGUCAUCGGUGCGCAACUUUCAACGGACAUUCAGACUCUAGCCGACCGUACCGAUCUUGAAUUAUUUAUUUGACCGUCCCAAGUGAUAAAGGCACCGUGCUGCGUUCUCAUUUUUGAAACAAAGCAUUCCGAAACCAAAAACGGGGGCAAAAAGUUUUUUUUUAACGUUGACUGAUAGAUAUGGCAAUGGUAGUGUGGAGAGGCUCCCAGGACGAUGUGGCCGAGACCCAGCUCUCAUCGCAAGCCCAAGGAGGACUAUCCCUUCCGACCCCUCAACCAGGCCAGCUGGGUCUGACGGCCUCUCAGGUUGUCCCUCCGACCCCUCAGACACCCGUUCAAGGACCCCCGAACAACAACACACAGUCCACCCCGACGAACCAGACGACGCAGAGUCAGUCGGAAAAACAACAGCCACAGCACAUAGAGUGUGUGGUAUGCGGGGACAAAUCCAGCGGCAAACACUACGGCCAGUUCACUUGCGAGGGGUGUAAAAGCUUUUUCAAACGGAGCGUACGAAGGAACCUCACUUACACAUGCCGUGCCAACAGGAAUUGUCCCAUUGACCAGCACCAUCGCAAUCAGUGUCAGUACUGUCGCCUCAAAAAAUGCCUCAAAGUUGGCAUGAGACGGGAAGUUUCUCUUUUUACUGCAGCCGUGCAAAGGGGACGGAUGCCACCCACACAGCCUCACCAUGGUCAGUUCGCCUUGACAAAUGGGGACCCACUGCACUGCCAUUCCUACUUAUCCGGAUAUAUCUCUCUACUACUACGAGCGGAGCCCUACCCAACGUCUCGGUAUGGCAGUCAAUGCAUGCAGCCCAACAACAUCAUGGGCAUCGAGAACAUUUGUGAACUGGCAGCCAGGAUGCUGUUUAGUGCGGUGGAGUGGGCCAGGAAUAUUCCCUUCUUCCCAGACCUCCAAAUUACCGACCAGGUUGCCCUUUUGAGGUUGACCUGGAGUGAGUUGUUUGUGCUCAACGCUGCUCAGUGCUCCAUGCCGCUCCAUGUGGCUCCACUUCUGGCGGCGGCUGGGCUCCAUGCCUCCCCAAUGUCUGCGGACAGAGUGGUCGCCUUUAUGGACCACAUUAGGAUCUUCCAAGAACAAGUAGAAAAACUCAAAGCUUUACACGUAGACUCUGCUGAAUACAGUUGUUUAAAGGCCAUCGUUUUAUUCACUUCAGAUGCUUGCGGCCUGUCAGAUGUGGCCCAUGUGGAAAGUUUGCAAGAGAAGUCCCAGUGCGCUCUGGAGGAGUACGUUCGGAGCCAGUAUCCCAACCAGCCAACUCGAUUUGGGAAGUUAUUACUGCGCUUGCCUUCUCUCCGUACAGUCUCGUCCUCGGUAAUAGAGCAAUUAUUUUUCGUCCGAUUGGUAGGUAAAACCCCAAUUGAAACCCUCAUCAGGGAUAUGUUGCUGUCGGGGAGCAGUUUUAACUGGCCUUACAUGUCGAUUCAGUAGGCAGAAGGAAUGAUCAAAGGGGUUGUGACUACAAUAGUUAGCGCUUCUUUUGUAGAAAGAAACGCCUUUUACACGAGUUUACUUUCACGAGGAAAGACUUUUAUAAAUGACUGUGAAUUUUAAAAUUGAGACAUUCAGUGAACCCUCGAAGUCCAGAGAUUGCUCCCAAUGCCAGUAUGAACAGCUUGUUCUGAUGUUGUUGUUGUUGUUGUUGUUGUUGUUUUUUUAAAGAAAUUAACAAAUAAAAAAAAUUAAAUAAAAAAAGUAGAAAUAAAUAAACUCACUAAAUUACUUCAAAAGAAAAAUAAAUCAAGUAUUUUGAUAAUCCUUUCUGGGACAGCAAAACUAUAAAGUGCAUUUAAGCAACAAUUUGGGAAGAUUAAGGAAACAAGAAAAAUAUAUACAUUUUCCAAAUUGCUAUACUGUCCUGUGUUCAUGUAUCUAUAGUUGUUUUUGUAAUUUUUGUUCCUCAUUUCUGGUUCCAAACCGGCCUAUGUGAUUCUGUAGUAUGCAGUUGUUGUUCUUUUUUUUUUUUUUUUUUUUUUUUUCUACUUGUAACCUUCUAAAAGACUUCUAAAACAAUUAAGUAAUCUAAAGACGUUCGUCGAGAAUUGGAUAAUUAAAACAAAAUCCACAGCAAUAUAGACUUUGCUUAAUGCUGCAAGCGCACUUACUCCGUUGGUAUCCCUAAUGAACAAAAGUAGGGAUGAUCGACCCAAACCAAUAUCCACAAUAAUGCCAGAAUUAAUAUAUUCAUUUACAUUUCAUGCCACUGUUCUACCUAUGAUAUUGACAACCCCAAAAUGGAUGCAGGAGCAAUAUUCUGCACAACCCCAUCGUCUUACUAUACGCGCCACAAAAGUGUGUUUCUUUUUUUUUUUUUUUUUCGUCGAACUUAACUUUUCUGAGUUAUGACCUGCCUCCAUGGAAUUUAUCCAAUUUAUUUUAUUAUUUAUUAUUAUUAUUAUUUUUCUAAUGUAUUGCAGGCACCCGACCUUAGGUAGCGCCCCUGCGAAUUCUCCCUUAAGUGUUUUGCCACAGUAAACUGUAUUUUAAGCGUGGGGGAAAUUAUGGGUCAUCAUUCUUUUAACGAUAAAGCAGCA